GACAGAUUUCAGCUGUCAACGUGAGAACUGGUGCAGAAAACUGGAGACACUGAGGACUGAGUAAAUAAACCUCUGCAGGAUCUGGAACAAGCAUGGCUGCAGGGACAACAUCUCCUGGUCUGACCACUGCAGGACCUCCCAGUCGCCUCGGGGUUGAUCCCGCAGACAUCGCUGUGGUGGUUGUCUACUUCAUUAUUGUGAUGGUGAUUGGAAUCUGGUCAUCGUGUCGAGCCAAUCGCACGACUGUGCGGGGAUAUUUCCUGGCCGGCCGUUCAAUGACCUGGUGGCCUAUUGGCGCCUCCUUGAUGUCCAGUAAUGUUGGCAGCGGUUUGUUCAUUGGUCUGGCAGGAACAGGAGCAGCUGGAGGGAUCGCUGUGGGAGGAUUCGAAUGGAAUGCAGCGUGGGUUCUGGUGGCCCUGGGCUGGAUCUUUAUCCCCGUCUACAUCUCCGCCGGUGUGGUGACCAUGCCUGAAUAUCUGGCCAAGCGCUUCGGAGGCCGACGGAUACAGAUAUACAUGUCUGUCCUGUCACUGAUUCUUUAUGUCUUCACUAAAAUAUCAACUGAUAUCUUCUCAGGGGCAUUAUUCAUCCAGGUGUCAUUUGGCUGGAAUCUCUACCUGUCUACAGGGAUCCUGCUGCUGGUUACUGCUGCCUACACUGUAGCAGGUGGUUUGGCAGCAGUCAUCUACACUGAUGCACUCCAGACUCUGAUCAUGGUUGGAGGUGCCUUCACACUAAUGUUCAUAGCCUUCUCCAAGGUUGGCUGGUACGAGGGUCUGGUGGAUGGCUACAUGUCCAGUGUUCCCUCGGUGACGGUGGUCAACACCACCUGCCACCUCCCUCGUCAUGAUGCGUUCCACAUGUUCAGAGACGCCGUGACGGGGGAUCUGCCCUGGCCCGGUCUGCUGUUCGGGCUCACCGUGCUGGCCACAUGGGUCUGGUGCACGGACCAGGUGAUCGUUCAGAGGUCUCUGUCAGCCAAAUCCUUGUCUCACGCUAAAGGAGGAAGUGUUCUGGGAGCCUACCUCAAAGUGCUGCCCAUGUUCUUCAUCGUGAUGCCUGGCAUGAUCAGCCGAGCACUUUUCCCCGAUGAUGUUGCGUGUGUGGAUCCAGAGUUAUGUCAGAGUAUUUGUGGAGCGUCUGUUGGCUGCUCCAACAUCGCUUAUCCUAAACUGGUGGUGGAGCUCAUGCCUGUGGGUCUCCGUGGUCUGAUGCUGGCCGUCAUCCUGGCAGCUCUGAUGUCGUCUCUGACCUCCAUCUUUAACAGCAGCUCCACCCUGUUCACUCUGGACCUCUACCACAAAGCCCGGCCUGCAGCGUCGGAGCGGGAGCUCAUGAUCGUUGGAAGGGUUUUUAUCCUCUUCUUGAUGUGCAUCAGCCUGUUGUGGAUCCCCAUCAUCCAGUCGGCCAACAGCGGGCAGCUGUUUGAGUACAUCCAGUCAGUGACCAGCUUCCUGGCCCCGCCCAUAACUGCUGUCUUCCUCAUGGCAAUCUUCUGGCCUCGCGCCAACGAGCAGGGUGCAUUCUGGGGUCUGAUGACGGGCCUUGUGGUGGGACUGAUCCGUAUGGUCCUGGAGUUCACCUACGCAGCUCCUUCCUGCGGUCAGCCGGAUCACCGGCCUUCUGUCGUGGCCGAUGUGCACUACCUUUACUUCGCUCUCAUCCUCCUGGCCCUCACCUGUCUGGUCAUUGCUGCCGUCAGUCUGGCCACGGCUCCAAUACCCCAAGAACAUCUCCACAGACUGACCUGGUGGUCCCGGUACAGCCUGGACCCCCGUGUGGACCUGGUCCCCUCCCAGGCAGCGCCGGCUCCCGUGAGCCGGGCCAGCGCCGAGGCUGAACCCUCGCCCCAGCCCGGCUGGAAGAAGGCCGUCCUGUGGCUCUGCGGCCUGAGCGGUCCGGCCUCCGAAGCCGCUCCUCCGGAGCCCGAAGGCUCCACCGUGGACCUCCUGCGGGAGAAGCCCGUGUGGAGGAGCGUCUGCAACGCCAACGCCAUGCUGCUGCUGGCCGCCAACGUGUUUCUGUGGGGCUACUUCGCAUGAUGCUCGGCUUUCUGAAACGUUCAGAUCUUUAGUUUUUUUCCCCCCUAAUUUUCUAAACAUUGUACAAAAAAUUGUGAAUGGAAAUUAUUCAAUUUUAUUAUUUUAUUUCUUAAACCUGUGGGGGGACAUAUUUAUAUCCAGUGAUUAAAAAAGAUUGAGGAAACAUUUUUUUUAUGCGAGUAGAGCAUCGAGUCAGUCCAACGUUUAAGAAUGUAUAUAUAGAUAUGUAUUGUUUUUUGUAUAGAAAUUAAAUUCAUUUUGAUUAUAAUGAAAUAUUAGUUUAGUACGGAAGAGUAUUAGGGCCAUGGAGGAGAAAAAUAAAAAUAAUAUUUUAGAGGAGGAAGAUAUUUUUUUCAUUAUGCACUUGGAGAAAAAAGUCAAAAUUUUGAGAUUUCUUGAAAUUGUAUUUCAACAUUUAUCUAGACAUUUCCACUUUUUUCUCGAAGUGCACAAUAAAAAAAAAAUCUUCCCCUCUCAAAUAUUUUUUUUCCUGCACGGCCCCUAAUACUCCGUAGUUUAGGGGGUAGGAUUUAAGUUUUUACUUCUUCCUACUCCUUUUCAAGCAUUAUAAUUAUGAUGGAUGCAUGUUUGUAUUUAUAUUUUUGUCUUUGUUUUCUUAUUUACAUUUAUUUAUUGAUUGAUUAUUAUUGUUUUGU